UUAUUUUUUCUAUUUUCUGUGAAAUGAAAGCCCUCCACGAGGUGAAUAUGCUAUCUUGAUCUUGUCCUUUCCCUUCUUUCCCUGACAGCACAAUGUCCAACCCGACCUUGUUCUUUCCCUUUCUUCUCGUUAUCCCUUUCGUUCAUUCACUUGAGUUUAACUUUACCAGUUUCAGGCCACGUGAUCCAAAGGAAAUUGCUUACCAAGGGGAUGCAACACCUAACGGGGCCAUUGACUUUACAACUAUGGUUGAUCCUGCUCGAGUUGGUUGGGCCACCUUUACCGGGAAGGUGCCUAUCUUGGACCCAGGAUCGGGUAAGGCUCUCAGUUUUAGCACCAGUUUCUCCUUCAUAAUUGACAACUUAGACAAUCCAAAAUACGGUCAUGGCCUCAUUUUCUUUCUUGCACCUGUGGGAGUCCAAAUCCCACCCAACUCAGCUGCUGCGUUCUUUGGUCUGUUUAAUCGGUCUAAUAACUACAACUCUUUGUUCCCGCUUGUUCAUAUCGAAUUCGACACGUAUCACAAUCAAAGAUGGGAUCCUAUUGGUGUUGAAUCUCAUGUGGGAAUCAACGUCGAUUCACUUAAAUCCUACAGUUACACUUCUUGGAAUGCAAGUUCACACAUGAAAGAUAUAUGUCAUGCACGGGUUUCAUAUGAUUCUGCUACCAGUAACUUGAGCGUAUCUUGGACUUAUGAACUGUCAGCUGAUCCUCGAGAGGCUUCGAGUCUGUUUUACAUCAUUGAUCUUGCCAAGGUUCUGCCUAAGAAAGUUACAGUUGGGUUUUCAGCUGCUACCGGAUCCAACAAAGAGUUACAUAAACUUUUAUCGUGGGAGUUUAGUAUAGAGGAUAUAGAGGAAACCCCUAACAGGACGGGGAUGAUAGUUGGUGUUUCGGUUUCAGCAUUUGUGCUACUGGUUUCUUUGGUCGGGAUAUUAGUGGCUUUCCAGAGACGGAAACAGAGAAAGAAGAGAGCAAGAGAUGCGAUAAACUUGGUAUCAAUCAAUGAAGAUCUCGAACGAGGAGCAGGACCGAGAAGAUUUUCUUAUAAGGAACUAGCAUCGGCUACCAACAACUUCUUGGACGAAAGGAAGCUGGGUGAAGGAGGGUUUGGAGCAGUUUAUAGAGGGUAUUUAAACGAAUUCGAUAUGAUGGUUGCCGUGAAAAAGUUUGCAGGCAGAUCUAAUCAGGGAAUGAAAGAAUUCAUAACCGAAGUCAAGAUCAUCAGCGGCUUGAGACAUCGGAACCUGGUGCAACUCAUAGGUUGGUGCCAUGAAAAAGACGAGUUCCUACUUGUAUAUGAGUUCAUGCCAAACGGUAGCCUCGAUUCCCAUCUGUUCGGGAAAAGGGCACCUCUAGCUUGGGCUGUAAGGUAUAAGGUAACCCUCGGCCUAGCCUCUGCUCUACAAUAUCUGCACGAGGAGUGGGAGCAAUGUGUUGUACACAGGGAUAUCAAGCCAAGCAACAUAAUGCUGGAUUCUAACUUCAAUGUAAAACUCGGUGAUUUUGGGCUGGCUCGGCUGAUGGACCAUGAGCUAGGUCCGCAGACAACAGGGCUGGCUGGAACGUUCGGCUACAUGGCUCCUGAGUACAUAAGCACAGGAAGGGCGAGCAAGGAAUCCGACAUAUAUAGUUAUGGAGUCGUCACGCUUGAAAUUGUGACCGGGAGGAAAUCAGUUGACCCGAGACAAGGAAAGAUAGAGCCAGAAACAAGUCUAGUGGAGAGGGUAUGGAACCUGUACGGAAGAGGAGAACUCGUUUCGGCCAUCGAUCAGAAACUAGGCAGCGAUUUCGAUAGGAUGAAGGCGGAAUGGCUCAUGGUUGUGGGCUUGUGGUGUGCCCAUCCGAACAGAAGCUCAAGGCCUUCCAUGAAGCAAGCCAUACAGGUUCUGAAUUUCGAGGCGCCAUUGCCUAAUCUCCCUCCCAAAAUGCCUCUUGCCACUUAUGAAGCCUCUACCUCUUCUGGUAGCUGCAGUCGAGCUUCUGUUACUUUUUCAAGCUCUCGAAUCGGUCGUUGAAUCUGUCCUUGGCCGGAUCAUUGUCGGGUCUUGUCGUUUAGUUGCUCGUUCUGUACUUUGGUACUUUUUCCCUCUGUUUCUUGAUGUCUUCUUGGCAAAUCUUUUGUUACGUUUCUGGUUUGGUGGUGAAGGUCUCUUCCCUUGUUUUCAUGGCGUUACAUUGUUGUAAUUCAUGUUUUUAAUUGAACACAUCAUCUGUUUGAUUUUUCCUAA